AUGGCCAACUGCUCCUACCGCCUCAGAUCCAGCUGUGGGCCCAGGAACUUCAGCUCCCACUCUGCUGUGGUGCCCAAGCCUGGGGGUCACAGCUGUGUCAGUGUUAUGGCCUCCCAAGGGAGCAGUCCCAGGGGGCCGGGCUACAGAUACCUCCGGGACUUCAGCAGCAGGAGCCUGCAUGCAAUGGGGUCCCCCAGGAUGGCAGUGAGUUACAGGCCACCCCUCCGUAGUGGACGCAGCAGCUUUGGCUACCGUGCGGGAGGCAUUGGCGGGCCCAGCCCAUCCUACAUCACCACCGUGAGCAUCAACGAGAGCCUUCUGACACCCCUCAACCUGGAGAUCGACCCCAAUGCGCAGUGUGUGAAGCACGAGGAGAAGGAGCAGAUCAAGUGUCUUAACAACAAGUUUGCGGCCUUCAUCGACAAGGUGCGCUUCCUGGAGCAGCAGCACAAGUUGCUGGAGACCAAGUGGCAGUUCUACCAGAACCGCAAGUGCUGUGAGAGCAACCUGGAGCCGCUCUUCAGUAGUCACAUCGAGAUGCUGAGGAGGGAGGCUGAGUGUGUGGAGGCUGACAGAGGGAGGCUGGCUGCAGAGCUCAGUCAUGUGCAGGAAGCAAUGGACGGCUACAAGAAGAAGUAUGAAGAGGAGUUGGCCCUCAGGGCCACAGCUGAAAAUGACUUUGUGCUGCUGAAGAAGGACAUCGACAGUGCCUAUUUAUGCAAGGCAGACCUAGAAGCCAAUGUGGAGUCCCUGAGGGAGGAGACUGUCUUCCUACAGUCCCUCUAUGAGCAGGAAAUCUGCUACCUUCAGUCCCAGAUUUCAGAAACUUCAGUUGUGGUGAAGAUGGACAACAGCCGGGAGCUGAACAUGGACAUGGUGGUGGCUGAGAUCAAGGCUCAGUAUGAUGACAUUGCCAGCCGCAGCCGGGCUGAGGCUGAGUCCUGGUAUCAGACCAAGUGUGAAGAGAUGAAGGCCACCGUGGACCAGCAGGGUGAGAACCUGCGCAGAAGCAAGGAAGAGCUCAAUGAGCUGAACCGCAUGAUUCAGAGGCUGACAGCAGAGGUGGAAAGUGCCAAGCAGCAGCGCUGCAAGCUAGAGACAGCCAUAGUGGAGGCAGAGAAGCAAGGAGAGGCAGCCCUCAUGGAUGCCCGCUGCAAGCUGGCGGGGCUGGAGGAGGCCCUGCAGAAGGCCAAGCAGGACAUGGCCUGCCUGCUGAAGGAGUACCAGGAGGUGAUGAACUCCAAGCUGGGCCUGGAUGUGGAGAUCGUCACUUAUCGCAAACUACUGGAGGGAGAGGAAAGCCGGUUGUGUGAAGGUGUGGGAGCAGUCAAUAUCUGUGUGAGCCGUUCCCAGGGUGGUGUGGUCUGCGGGGAUCUUGGUUCCACUGUCUCACGUGGCCUGGGUGGUGUAGCCAUCAACGGUGGUGUUCUGUGCUCCCUCUCUGUCAUGGGGCCCUCCUUUAGUGCAAGAUCUGGGAGGUUUGCAUAG